AUGGGACGUAAUCGUCACAAAUGGUCUAAAUAUUUUAAAAUACUUGAUGAAUUUGCGAAUAAAAGCAAUAAAGCAGCCAUAUAUUAUGCUUGUUUAGAAGCUUUGAGUAGCGAAGCUAAAAAAAUAACCAACAAAGCAAAUUUAUGCUAUAACCAUUUAAAAUCUUGUCUAUAUUUUGCACAAAAAUAUACUACUGAAGAAUUAGAAAAAAUUCUUCAAAUUGAAAAUGAAUCUAAUGAGGAAUUUAGCGAAGAAGACUCUAUAAAAAAAACUAACCAAAUAGAAGAUGAUGAUAUUGUGGUUGCUUUUAAGCUUGCCAAUCCUGCAAUUCAAUUACCUUCAUGUCGUAAAUUAAGUGGAUCUAUUCUAAAGAAGGAAAUACUUGUAACUAAUAUAGAAAAUUUAACUAACCCAGAUGAUAAAAAAUUUCCAACUGAUAUAGCCAAAAUUAUUAAUAAUUCUACUUUUUGGAAUGAUUUAAAAGAACUAGAUAAUAUUCUUCUUCCAUUUUGUGCUACUCUUAACAAACUUCAUUGUGAAUCAGCACGCUUAUGUGAUAUUAUGCAUACAUAUGCAUAG